GAAGCCGAGCACACGUCUCUGGAGGUGUUGAACUAAACGGUCGAAGUGUCGAACGCGCCCCGCCAAGUCGCCGACUCCAUUCGCCGCUUCACCCUCCGGCAGGCACCAGCACGCAGCGCGGCAGCACCGCCACUCCGCCAGGGUCCAUAACCGCCGCACGCCUCUUCAGUCGUCGCCUACUCGCCUCACGCCCGUCGCCUGCACUCCGCCACUCUCCAUUAGGCGGUUCGGCCAAUUGGCCCUUCUCAAUUUUCACCUUAAGUAGUUCCGGUAUUCCUCCACUCCUUUAUUGAUUAGUUCAUUAAUUGAUUUGAUUCAAAGUUGUUUGGUGAAACCUAAGCAAACUCUGAUAGGUAAUUACUAUUUUCACAGUGUUUUAUUUUUUGUAAUAUUCAUCGGAUCUACAAAGCUUUUUGAUUCAUUCACAUGCGUCUAGACUUUUGGAUCAUGUGUAAAUUGGAAUAAGAAUCACCAUGCGUAAGAAAGGGAUUUUAUUCAUUGAAAUGAGAGUUACAAGAUAUGCAGAGAAGACUUACCUAAAAUAUUACAAGAAGUGUAUUUAUAGAAGAAGAUAUGUAACCGAAUGCUAACAACUAAAACUAACUAACUUCUUCUAGAGUCUUCUAGUGUCUUCUCGUGUAUGUGAGUAUGCCAAGACCCCCCCUCAAGAUGAGAGUACAGAUUUUGUACGUUCAUCUUGGACAGUAGAGAGUGAAAUAGAGCUUUCCCCAAAGGCUUUGUAAAUAUAUCUGCAAGCUGAUGUUGACUGGGAACAAAUAGAGUGUGUAUUUUUCCAGAUUGAAUCAAUUCCCGGAUAAAGUGGCAAUCUAUCUCCACGUGUUUUGUUCUUUCAUGAUGCACUGGGUUUGCUGCAAGGGAUAAAGCAGACUUGCUGUCACAAUAGAUUGUAGCAUUGAAUAUAGGAAUGUUAAAGUCUUGAAACAAUUGCAUCAAACUGAUAACUUCAGCUGCAGAAGUUGCCAAUGCCCUAUACUCAGCUUCAGCCGAACUUCUGGAAACUGUAUGUUGUUUCUUUGACUUCCAUGAAAUGAGGGAAUGUCCUAAAAACAUGCAGUAACCUGUAAUGGAUCUUCUAGUGUCAACACAACUAGCCCAGUCAGAAUCUGAAAAACCCUUUAGUUGUAGAUCAGAAGAUGAAGAAUAUAAGAGUCCUUGACCUAUAGAACCUUUCAAGUAGCGCAGGACUCUAUGUGCUGCAGAUAAAUGUGAUUGACCAGGUUUUUGCAUGAAUUGAGCCAAUGUAUUAACAGCAAAACUGAUAUCAGGCCUGGUAUGUGUGAGGUAUAAAAGCUUUCCAACUAAAGAUCUAUAGUCAGAAGGAUUAUCCAAGUAAUGAUCAUCUUGAAUGCUUAAACGUAGUUUACUGUCCAUGGGAAAAGUAACUGGCUUGCAAUCUUGAUACCCAUAUUGAGUUAAAAGAUCCAUAGUAUACUUCCUUUGGCAUAGAUAUAGUCCCUUUGAUGAACGAGCUACUUCCAACCCUAGAAAGAACUUGACAGGACCUAGAUCUUUUAUCUUAAACUGCUCAUUCAGAAAUUUCUUGAUGAGUUUUAUUUGCUGCAUAUCAGAACAAGUAACUAGGAUGUCAUCCACAUAUACUAAAAGUAUCAUGGUAAAAUCACCUUUGUGUAAAGUGAACAAUGAAUAGUCAACAUGAGAUUGACUGAAACCAUAUUCCUUUAGAGCAGUAGACAGUUUAGAAAACCAUUGUCUACUUGCCUGUUUGAGACCAUAUAGACUUUUCAGCAGUCUACAAACUUUAUUCUUCCCUCUUUGCUCAAAACCUUGAGGAAUGGUCAUGUACACUUCUUCAUGGAGAUCUCCAUGCAAAAAGGCAUUGUGUACAUCAAGUUGUUCUAAGAACCAACCUUUUGAAGCAACUAAAGCCAGUAAUACUCUCACACUAUUGAACUUAGCAACUGGUGAGAAAGUGUCAAGAUAAUCAAGGCCUUCAACUUGAGUAAAGCCCUUGGCAACAAGCCUGGCUUUAUAUCUUUCUAUGGUACCAUUAGCAUGGUACUUCACUUUGUAUACCCAUUUGCAUUUAAUUGGAGUUUUCCCUGGAGGUAAAUCAGUGAUUAACCAAGUUCCAUUUGCUUCAAGAGCAGAUAUCUCAUCUUUCAUUGCUUGUGUCCAGUUUGGGUCAGAAGAUGCUUGAGAAUAGGAUGUAGGUUCAACAAUUUGGGAAAUUGAAACAGAGAAAGCUUGGUGUGGAAGAGAAAAGUUAGCAAAACUGACAUAAUUCUGUAUAGGGUGUAGUGUCUUACCAGGUUUGUUGAUGGGAGAAGAUGUGGCAUCUGCUGAAUGGACUUGACUGGAAGUGCGAACAUAAUCUUGAAGAUGAGAAGGAGGCUUUCUUUGCCUAGGUGGUCUAAGAGAUGAUGAUGUUUGUUGUUGUAUUGAAUGAAAAUCAGUAGGUAUGGAUGUAUUUGUGGAAUCAUUAUCCUCCUGGAUAGGAUUAGUGAAAGUUACAUCAUCAGGAGAGGACUGAUUGUGUUCAAAUGGGAAUAUGGACUCGUGGAAAUUAACAUCCCUAGAUAGAAAUGUCUGGGAGGUAUCAAGAUCAUAUAACUUGUAUCCUUUGGUGUUAGCAGGAUAGCCAAGGAAUAUGCAUCUUCUAGCUCUUGAUUGAAAUUUAUGUUUGUGUCCUAUAAGAUUGGAAGCAAAGCACAAACAGCCAAACGAUCUUAAAGAGGAGUAAUCAGGUGGUUGAUUAUGAAAGAUUUCAAAAGGGGAUUUGUUAUUCAAGACUGAAGAAGGGAGUCUAUUUAGGAUAUGGGCUGCUGUGAGUAUACAGUCACCCCAGAAAUUUAGAGGUAAUUUGGCUUGGAAUCUGAGUGCUCUGGCAAUAUUGAGCAAUGUUUGGUGUUUGCGUUCAGCCACCCCAUUUUGUUGGGGUGUGUAUGGACAAGUUGUUUGAUGUAUGAUCCCUUCAGUGGAAUAAAAAUCUGGUAAAUGGAAUUCGGUUCCAUUAUCAGUUCUUAUGGUUUUAAUUCUGACAGAAUAUUGUGUUAAGAUCAGUUUGUGGAAGUUUAUGAGGAGUUGUUUUGUGUCAGAUUUGUGUUUCAUUAGACAUCACCAAACAACCCUUGAAAAGUCAUCUACAAUGGUAAGAAAAUAUUGAAAACCAUCAUAGGUAGGAACAGAAAAUGGACCCCAAACAUCACAGUGUAUUAGGUCAAACGUCUUGGUAGAUUUAAUAUUGCUUUUAGGAAAAGGUAAUCUAUGUAAUUUUGCUAAAGGACAGAUAUGACAAUCUUUGUUAUCAAGAACAGAUACAUGUAAUGCAUCCUUUAUUGGCUGAAGUUUGAAAUCAGAAACAUGGCCCAAUCUUUGAUGCCAGAUACUAGAAACUACACUAUGAGACAGAUGUGAAACAUGAUCAUCAGAAGUAUGUUUUGGUGGAUGAAGAAUAUAUAGUCCUUUGGUUAAUUCAGCAAUGCCAAUCUUCUCCCUCGAAUUUUUGUCCUGCAAGAUACACUCAUUGGCACAAAAAGAAAGAAUUAAAGGUGCUUCAGAUAUUAGUUUUCCAACAGACAGAAGAUUCACAUUGAAAUUAGGAACAUAUAAGACAUUUGUCAAAGUUAUGUUGCGAAACAAUUUAACAUUUCCAAUGUGAGAAACUGGAACCUUGGAUCCUGUGGGUAAAUGAACAAAGAUGUUGGAAACAGGUUUUGAGGAAUUAAGAAGAGAAAAAUUACUAACCAUAUGGUCAGUAGCUCCUGUGUCAAGGAUCCAAGAUGUACAAGUAGAAACAACAAUAUUAGCACUUAUAGAGGUGCAAAAACUCAGAUGAUUACUUGCGUUGUUGGAUUGUUUAGGGGUUAAAGGUGUGAGAGGAGUAUUUUGAGAGGUAGUCAGAUUCUGGAUCAAGCUUAAAAGAUGAAGGUACUGGUCUUGAGUCACAACAGAACUAGGUUUAUCCACUGAAACUUGGCAAGUAUUCUCCAAUUGAGCUGCACACGCAUUAACCUGACUUGGAAACUUAUUGCUCACCAUUGGUUGUUUUCCUUUUGGUUUGUAUCCCGGAGGAUAUCCAUGAAGUCUAUAACAUUUGUCCACAGUAUGGUUAGUAUAACCACAGUGAGUGCAAACAAUCUUAUUCUCUUUCUUCAGAUUGUUAUGAUAGGGUUUAAAACCCUUGUUGUGUGAGCUGUAAUUUGCUGUAUGAUUAGAAUUAUUCUGUUCAUUCUGAUUUCUAUUACUCAUCAUUAUCAUUGGCUCCAAGUUCAGAUUGGUUCCCAUGCUCCUCUGCAUUUCAUCUUGUAAAACAAAGCUGAAAAUCUGAUUUAAUUUUGGAAAAGGCUUAAUGACAAGAAUCUGUCCCCUUAUUCCAGCAAAAACAUCAUUGAGACUCAUCAAGAACUUAAUUGACAUUUCUCUUUCUUCUCGCUCCAAUAUAGUUUUCAUGAAUUCACAUUUACAAGUCUUGACAGCUCCACAUUUGCAAGUAAUCAUAGGAUUAUAUUGACCUAAUUCUCUCCAAAGCGAAUCAAGCUUAUUGUAGUAGUCUGUGACGCUGAGAUUACCUUGAACUGUUGCGUAGAUUUGUUUUUGCAGGUCAAAUAUCCUUGGAAGGUUGCCCUGCGAGAAACGUUCCUGAAGUGUAGACCACAUUUGAGCAGAUGUUUCUUCGUACAGAAUACAUUGCGCCACCUCCUUCGUGCAGGAAUUCAGAAUCCAUGCCUGAAUCAUAAGGUCACAUCGUUGCCAGGCUUCAAUAGUGUUCUCGUCUAUAUCUGAUUGCUUCAGUUCACCAUUUACAAGUUUUAGCUUGUUCUUUGCGCCUAGCGCAAUUCUCAUCGAUUUACUCCAAGAGUGAUAAUUGCUUCCAUUCAACUGAGGAUUGACAAGUACGGUGCUAGGAUUGUCUCCAGGCCCGAUGUAGAAAGGACUUGAGAUGUCUUCAAUGGCCGGUCUUUUUGCCAUGAAAGAGCUGCUUACUGAAUCUUCACUAUUUGACAUGAUUGAUUAACGGAGUUCCUCUGAAAUACUUCGUGGAGAUGCAGACAGUUCAUAGUGCGUAUGGAGUUGUGAUCAAUUAGUAAUUUCUUCUUGUUUUGGGAUUGGUGUUAAAGAGAAGAUGGGUAGUGUUCUGAGCAAGGCUGCUGAUGGCUUCGGAAAUGCCCUCGCCACUCCCUUCAAGGCUAUGCUCGAAGGAUCCUGCGAAGAUGUUUGCAGCGGAGUUUGGGAUGUGUCGUGUUUCAUCACUCACCUUUGUGUCUCGGAUUUGAUCAAGUUAUUUAUGAUUCUGGUGCUUUGCUACAUAAGUAAUUCCCAGCCUAUAUAUCAGCCUUAUAUUUUGUGCAGUUUCACUUUUAUUUUAGUUUAUAAAUAUACACUUCCUCAUUUCUUUAAAGUUGCAUCACUUUUACUUUUACUAACUACAUUUUAUUUAGUAAUGUAUUUAAACAUAUUGUGUCAGCAUAGUUCCAAUUUACUAUUCAUUAAUCAACUGUUUACUUUU